AUGAAUACUCUAAAGCGCAGAUCCAGGCAUUCUGCUCAACGCCAUCUCCAAACUCAGCCCACAGCACUAGAAUCGCCCUUCCUCAAGCUCCCACUCGAACUCAUAUACCUCACAGCAAGCCACCUCCCCACCGAAUCAGUGGCAUGCUUGAGUCUAUGCAAUCAUUAUCUUUAUUCAAGCCUCAAAACAGAAUACCACCUCAAGACGGAGUCUAUCUUCACGAUCGAUAACCUGCAUCCUCCCAGAGACGCCGACUCCAUAGUAAUGAACGCCUUCCUCCAUCUCCUAGAACGAGACCUACCCCUCCACAUCAUCUGUCCCCACUGCAACAAACUACACUUCACACCCCUCGCCGAGCGGCACCUGGUAACAGAGCGAUAUUCUCCAACAACCAGCAAGACCUGGUCAAAAUGCCGGACCCGGGACUCCCUCAGCCAGGGCGUACGCUACACGCCGCCUCGUUUCAGCUCAACCAUCUUCCUCAUGGCCAUGAAAACCCACCGCCGCGGCUGCGACACCAGCCCGCUCCUCGACCUACUCUCCUACAAAAAGAUAGAGAGCUGCGCGGGGUUCACGCAACUCCACAUCUCCGAAGCGCGGAUCCGGAACGACAGCCUCCUCAUCCGCGACCAGAAAGUCUUCAUGCUCCCGGCGUCAAGGAAAAACCCCUUCACAUUGUUCGGAGAAUUCGGCUUCUGUCGCCAUUGCGUGCUUCACAGCACGGACGAUCUGCUCUGCUGCGGGAUCUACGUCCCGACGGUUGAGGAAAUGGACAACUACGUGAGUAGGGAGGGGAUUAUAUAUUGCAACUAUUGCCAUACGGAGCUGCGCAUCGAUUUCAAGAGCUAUGGGAAGGCGGGUAACGCGAUGUUCGUCACGCGUUGGAUGGAUAUCGGCGAGGGCCGCGAUGUCGAUGAUGUUAAGUGGAGGGUUCGACUUGGUGGAGGUAAUGAGUGGCUGUGGGACGAAGUUAUAUAUCCGCGUGGUUCGAUCUGUGAUGCUUUUGAGGGAGGCGAGGAUUUUGAGUUUGAUUUGAUCAUGACUAAGAAAGAUGAGAUGGAGUUGUUCGCGAGGCGCCCUUUGGUGGCGCUUGCAAGUGAGAGAGGUCAAGGAAAGGUGGAACCGAGUCAUAUGAUUAUUGAUGGCAGGAUUGUUAGGGUGCCCUCUACAGAAAUCGGCCGCUGUUGCGAUCAUAGCCAUCAGCAGUAUAGACACCGUCCCUUUUGA